AUGCUUGCCACACGCUCGCCUACGCGGCCUCAUUUCAGCCCCACUGUGGCGACGACCGGCAAUUCCGGCCGCGCAUCGCCAUUCUUUCUCAUCCGCAAUGCCCCGCCCCGCGAGGAGACACUGGACGCGCUCAUAUCAUCGCUAACAGUUGAGCACGAGCGCAGCCAGCCAUGCACGUUGGCGCCUGCCCGGCCCAACCGCUCGGCCCUUUCGCUCACCCUGGACGAGCACGUAUCGAAGACGCGACACCAGCGUGUGUGGAAGAAGCAGCAGCUGCUGCGGCAGCAGCAGCAGAUACUCGCGAUGACCACCCAGCAGGCGAACAUUGCUGCGGAGGUACACGCGCUACUCCAGCAACGGGCAAAGCGUCCCCGAAACGUGUGA